AUGCCGCACAAGAGCCAAGAGCAGCUGCGCAAGCAUCAGCUUCCACUGCCAGCAGCGUCUGCAGCUCUAUCUGCGCCUGCGUCUGCGUCUGUUGCACCAACAACACCACCACCACCACCACCACCACCGUCACCAUCACCACCACCACACUCACCACCACCACACUCACCACCACCACCACACUCACCACCACCGCACUCACCACCACCACCACACUCACCACCACCACCAUCUGCGUCUGGGUCCGUGUCUGCUCCUGCUCCUGCUCCAACCUCCUCGCCAUCAUCACAACUUCAUCAGCCUGUGAUCGAUCUCUUGCAAAAGAUCAUUGAGACACAGAGGCAUCAACAGCAGCACGCUGAUUAUGUGCUGCACCUGGUGGCAGACCUCGGCAAGCAGGUCAAACUGCUUGAGCGGCGGCUUGAGCGGCGGCUUGAGGAGCAGCAACCACAAUCAGCCCUGGUGGCACUUGUGGCAAGUUUCGCACCCCUGUGA